AUGGAUGCAUACGAAAAAAAACAACAAGAACAAGAUGAACAAGAUGAACAACCAGAGCCACACUCGCCACAGCCACAACCAGAAACAAAACGUUCUACAUCAAUUCCAAAUUAUAAAAAGCUAUUUCAGGAUAUGGAUGCAUUUGAAAAACUACAACAAGAACAAGAACAAGAACAAGAACAACAACCACAACAACCAUAUUCAACUGCACAAUCAACCAGCUAUCCAAAUUUAAAUAAAAACCACUCUCGUUAUAAUACUGGUAGUGCACCAUCAACAUAUCAACCACAACCACAACAACCACAAUAUUCUCAUUCAACUACACAAGCAAAUACCUAUCCUAACUUUAAUAAAACUCAAUCACGUUAUACUACAGGUAGUGUUCAAUCAACCAGUCAUAAACAAAACCCAAAGCCACCCUUAAAUCCAAACCCACAACCAUCAAGUGCACAUUCUUUUAGCUACCCAACAUUUAAUAGGGAUCAAUCACGUUAUAAUGUUGCUGUGCACAUUCACGUUUCAAUACAACUGACGGACCAAAACCAGUUUCCAACCGACCAACAACAAAGGGCACACAGAUCAUCAGAAUACCCAUCAAUGAAUAAAGAGCAAUCCCGUUACAAGUGUGCUAGUUCAACAUCAAAUAUUCCAGCUUUUAAUUCUGCAAAUAAAGAAAAAUUAGAUAGAGAAAAAGCAGAAAAAGAACGUGUUGAAAUAGAAAGAUUAGAAAAAGAAAAGAUGGAAAGAGAAAAGUUGGAAGAGGAAAAAAAAGAAAGAGUCCGUGCAGAAAAGGAACGCGAGGAAAAAGAAAUAUUAGAGAAAGAAAGAUUAGAGAAGGAAAAAAUAGAAAGGGAGCGUUUAGAAAAAGAAGAGGUUGGCGAAUGUUGUAUUUGUUAUACCCAAUUAAACUCCGACAAUUCUACCUCGAUAGAUUGCUCUCACAAAUUUUGCUACAGAUGCAUCACUAAAUGGUACCAAAUAGAAGAUACAUGCCCAUUGUGCAGAAAAACAUUUUAUUAUAUUCAAAGAGAGGGUCGUAUUGCAACAGAUGUUGAAUUGGAUAGAAUUCUUCAAAAAUACAGUUCUGAAAAUAAUUCCGAAGAAGAGUCCAAAGAAGAGUCCAAAGAUGAGUCUGAAGAUGAUCAUUCCGUUUAUGAAUCAGAUUUCGAUUCAGAUCAUCGUUCCGUUUAUGAAUCAAAUAUCGAUUCCAAUGAUCAUUCCAAUCAUGAUUCAUCUUCUGUUAACAAUGAAGAAUUUGUUGACUCUAUGGAUCUCGAUUAA